AUGGCAAUAAACGCGGUUUCUGACGCGGUAAAGUGUAGAAUAUUCCCAUCCACGCUCCGAGGAGAAGCUAUGGAUUGGUUUGUGGCUUUGCCUCAGGGAUCCCUAGACAAGUUCCGCGACUUCUCAUCAAAAUUCCUUGAUCACUUUUCUGCGAGAGCGAUCGAGGACCUGUUUGACAUGCGGCAGCGGGAGCGUGAAACCUUGGAACAAUAUACGAAAAGAUAUAGUGCCGCGUCCGCAAGGUUUGAAGAGCUGGAGCCACGCAUGUGCGUGUGCGCUUUCAAAGGUGGUUUAUCCUGGGGAAAGUUUAAGCGCGAGCUAAGCAGGGAACUCGAAACUUCAAUGAUAGAAGUUCGUGCCAGAGCGCAAGACUACAUCCUCGAAGAAGGAAUUGAAGCGCACAAAAGGAAGCAAGAGAGCGCGGCGAGCGUAGAGCUGGCGAGAGAACGGAUACAGGAGGAGAAAGCAAAUCGUGAGCGAAGGUCUAAAAAAGCUGAUCGACCUGUUAAGAAAGGCAAGCGAGAACGACUCAGUCGGUGA